AUGAAAGAUAUAAUCUCAUUUCAUGUGGGCAAUGCGGGCCAACAGAUCGGAGACUCUACCUGGCAGCUCUUUUGCAUCGAACAUGGUAUCCAGCCUGAUGCCACCAGAGUGUAUGAAAGGCCGUAUCAGGGGGAACAAGACUUCUUCCACUCGUUCUUCACUGAACACCCAGACCAGACUUACAGUCCGAAGGCUGUCUUUGUGGACUCAGAGCCUAGCAGCAGUCUGCAGGUCAGCGAGGGUGAACUCAGCAAAGUGUACAGUCUCCAGAGUUUUGUGCUCAGAGAAACAGACACGAGAAGACACAGUUUGGAGCCAGAGGAGGCAGCCAGUGGAGGACUAGUAGAAAGGGCCAUUGAAGCAGUACGAUUGGAGGCAGAAGCAUCAGAUGGAGUGGGAGGGUUCAUUGGGACUAGCUCAUUGUGAGGUUUCACUGGAUCAAAACUCAACUCUGAGCUACUUCAACAGCUUUCAGAUGAAUACCCAGGAAUAACUAAAAUGCAAGUUUCUCUAUACCCUUGAAACAUUGCAGAAAAUGUUACUGAGUGAUACAAUUGAGUUUUAAACUGUGAAAGUUUGAUUGAGGAUGUAGAUCUUAACUUUGUAAUGGACAAUAAAGCAGCCUUUGGAAUCUGCAAAGAAUAUUUGAAGUUAGAAACCCCUAAUUUGACUAAUAUCAACAGAGUCAUAGCACAAGCAAUGGCAUCAAUUACUUGAACAAUGAGGUUUGAUAGUUGAAUGAACCAAAAUCUUGAUGAAAUGUUACAGAAUCUUGUGCCAGUAAAGGGUCUUAAUUUUAUCUUAACAGCCAAUGCUUCAUAUGUGCCUAGCACUAAAGUAAGAGAAUCACCAUCAACAGAGGAAGUCACAAGAGAUUUGUUUGAUUCAAGUGCUUGUCUCUCAUCUUGAGAGCCGAUAAAUGGAAGGUAUAUAUCUUUGAAUGUCUCUUACAGAGGAAUGCAUAUCCCAAAGUUUGUAAGCAUUGCGCUAUACGAGCACCGCCCUCGUAUCAAUUAUGUUCCGUGGGAAGUUUGAGGAAUGAAAUGAGGAAUCUGAUAUAAUUCUCCAAAAGUUUACGAAGGAAAAGAAAUGGCUUUGGUAUCAAAAGGGGGAGUCAAAUUGGCAAACAAUACAGCUGUUUGAAGUGUCUUUGAGCCUAUUGAAGAGAAGUUUGAUCAACUUUAUUCUCGCAGAGCUUUUGUAAAAUCCUAUAAUGAGCUUGGAUAUGAAGCUGAUGAUUUUGAAGCUUCUAGGGACAAGUGGAGUGAUUUAAUUUAUAGAUAUCAAACAGCAUCACAAGCUACACAAUAUGAUCUUGAUGAUUAA